AUGCACAGAUUGUUUGGAAAAAAGCAGACCGCGGGGACAGCCCCUUCAUUAACAGAUGCGAUUGAUUCGUUGGAUAAACGAAGUGAUUCACUUGAAGUGAAGAUUUCAAAGUUAGACUCUCAACUAUCUGUAUUCCAACAGAAAAUAUCAAACACACGGCCUGGUCCAGGUCAGACUACUCUAAAGCAACGGGCUAUGAACAUCUUACGACAAAAGAAAAUGUAUGAGGCUCAAUUGCAGCAAUUGCAACAACAAUCUUUCAAUAUGGAACAAGCAGCCAUGACUACGGAGUCCAUGAAGAAUACCAUGACCACUGUCCAGACGAUGCAGGAUACUGCACGACAGAUGAAAUCGCAAAGCAAGAGCCUUUCUAUAGAAAAAAUUGAAAGAUUACAGGAUCAAAUUCAAGAUUACAUGGACACGGCAGGAGAAUUUAAUGACAUUCUUGGGCAAAAUACGGCAAACGUGGAUGUUAAUGAAGAAGAACUGGAUGCCGAGUUAGAAGCUCUACAACAAGAAGCCUCAUUUGGAGGAGACCAAUUAGCCCAAGAGCAGCCUAGCUAUUUGCAGCCGUCAAACGAGCUUCCGAAUUUCGUUGACGAAGAACAACUGGAAGCUGCAAAUACUGCUCAGUGA